AGGUUGACUCUCGCCGAUGCCGGUGACGACAUCACCGAUGCCAACUUCGAGGAGACUGUCGCCAACGCUGCCAUUCUUCGACUUCACACCUGCUCCAGUUGGGCCGAGGAGAUGAAGUCUACCAAGGACCAGCUCAGGACUGGUGAAUGGAAUGACUUUGACCGUGGCUUUAGGGCAGAGAUGGAUGCUCUCAUCAAGGAGGCGUACGGCGCCUUUGAGCAAAUGGAGUACAAGCGCGCCCUCAAAGCGGGUCUCUAUGACUUUGAGAACGCUCGAAACUGGUACCGAAUGGUGUCUGACCCCGUCAACAGCGGCUCCGGCAUGCACCGCGACCUCGUCUUCGCCUGGCUUCGCGCCCAUGUCCUCCUCAUCACACCCUUCACUCCCCACUAUUCUGAGCACAUCUGGAAGAACGUUCUUGGCGAGACUUCCUCCAUCCAGACCGCUCUUUUCCCCGAGCCUUCAGGCCCUAUCGACCCCACAGUCCUCGAGCAGACCGAGUACCUCCGUGGUGUCGUUGAUGCUAUCCGAUCUGCCGAGGCGCAGGCUGGUAAGAAGAAGGGGAAGAAGGCUGCUGCUGCCGUCUAUGACCCUAGCAAGCCCAAGAAGGUCAGGAUGUACGUUGCCAAAAACUUCCCUGAAUGGCAAGAAAAGGCUAUCGGUGUCAUCAAGAACCAGGCCUGGGAUGGUGAGAAAGUGGACGACGUUAAGCUCAGGAAGGGUUUGGAGGAGGUUGGUUUAAUGAAGGACAAGAAGGUCAUGCCUUUCUGCCAGGCUUUCAAGAGGAAACUUGCUGUUACCGGUCCCUCUGCCUUUGACCGAACUCUUCCCUUCGAUGAGCUCUACUCUCUCAAGAUGCUCGCCCCUCUCAUCAAGUCUUCUCUCCGAUUCGAGGAAAUUGACGUGCUCAGUGUGGAGGAGGCUAGGGAGAUCAUUGAGAAGGAUGGUGAGAAGGAAGGAUGGGCCAAGGAAAAGAUUGAGGUUGCCGAGCCCGCUGUCCCUGGUGUUCAGUUCUGGAACGUAUAGAUGGUAAAGAGAUGAUAAGUGAUUUUGGUCGUCAUGCAUCUGGAUUGUUUGGGUUUGGCU